AUGGAUGAAAAGAAGGUACGAAUAACCGCCAUGACGUCCCCGGAAAUGUGUAUUGUUUCGCAAUGGUACGUUCAGAAUUAUGAAGUAUAUCACGGAAUCUCUACAUCAUCCUCGAAAGACGGACUAUCAUUCGCGCAACGUAAACAGAAGCUGCUCGAAGAUAUCUGUGAAGACCUAGUCCGUAACGGCUUUUCAAAGCGCACUCCUGAGCAGAUUAAUCAAAGGAUAAAAGACACACUAAAGACGGCGAAAAAGAUAAGCGCGUUAGAGCGAAAUGAAGAGACAAAGACAGGCGGUGGUCCUCCGACCGCCAUUGCAGCUGCUCCUCAUGUGAAAAUAGUGAUUGAAGGCUGCGACAACAGACCGCGCCUUUCGGGUCUAAAGAAACCUUUGGAAAUCAAUGCAAACGCUACAAAUGUCCCAAGCAUACAGAGUGCUUCAAACACACAAAAUGUUUCGAACACGCAGAAUACUUCAAACAUAGAAAAUGUUCCAACCACAGAGAAUCUUUCAAACACGAACACCAUGGAUGUGGAUGUCAUUUACGAGGAGUGUGUAACCCCAAUCGCCGAAGAGGUGGACGUAUUUCCUUCCGCUACGGACGACACCCCUGCGGUUACUCCGCUGUCCUCGGGAUUGGCUGGAAAGCCGCUGAACAGCCCUCCACGCAAAAGAAGACGCUCCACCCAGGCCUUGACAGACGAAAAAGAACAAGUUUUGCAACUUGAGGCAGAGCGAAUUCAAAAACAAAUUCAAAACGAGAUUCUACGCAGCGAAGUACUACAGCAAUCAAUGGAAAACAAGAGGCAGAAAAAUGUCCUGCUAUGCCUACAAUGUGAAGAGGUGAAGGCAAAAAUUGACUACACGCGAUUACAAAUUGACCUGGCAAGGAACGAUGAGUAG